AUGGACGACACCGAGCGACGUUCCGCCAAGCGCUCGCGCUUCGACCAGACCGAACCUGAGCCGCGCAAGGCUUCAAGAUUCGAUCGUCGCUCCCGAUCUCCUCCCGCAAAGCGCCCGGAGUCAGGCAGAGAUCGCAGCCCCAUUGCGAACGACCCUGCGACCGAGCCCAAGAAGUCGCCCGUGGACGCCGCAGCUGCGGCCGCUGCCGCAGCUGCGCGCAUUAACGCGCAACUCCAAGCGAAGAAGGGCAUUCAACACGUCGAUGUCCCUCCGAUCAAGACCGCGACGCCCGAAAUCAAAACAGAAGAUGGAUCACCCGACCCGGCCAACACGAUCAAUGGCGAGAUGUACAUUGCCGACGGAGACUACAUCAAGGACAUCGAAGUCAACGACCUCCGCAACAGAUAUCUCCUGACCAAGGGGUCAACUCAGAAGAUGGAACGAAAGUUGACUUUGAAAGAUGUUACUACCCGAGGAAGCUACUAUCCCGACAAGAGCAUGGCAACGGCUGCGAAUCCCCCCUUGUACCUUCACGUGACGAGUACAUCAAAGACGGGUCUCGAGCAAGCUGUGGCCAAGAUUGAGGAACUCAUGAAACAGGAACUCCCGGCGUUGGUCGACGAGCGCCGUUUCCGUCGUCGUGACCAAGAGCAGGUCGAGAGAGAUGAAUACGGUCGUCGCAAAUGGCCCGAGGAGAAGAUCCCCAUUGGCUUGGAGUCGGUCCCUGGAUUCAACCUGCGUGCUCAGGUUGUUGGACACGGCGGUGCUUAUGUCAAGCAUAUCCAGCAGGAAACCCAGUGCCGUGUGCAAAUCAAGGGCCGCGGUUCUGGAUACUUGGAGGCUGCCACUAACCGUGAGAGCGACGAGGACAUGUAUCUUCAUGUGGCUGGACCUGAUCCGAAAAUGGUCGAGAAGGCCAAGGAGCUCUGCGAAGACUUGAUCGCCAACGUCAAGGAUCAGUACGAGGAGUUCAAGAGCAGGCCUCCCCGUGGAUACGGCGAUCGAGGCGGCUAUGGAGAUCGCGGCGGCGGCUAUGGCGACCGUUCGCGGAACCACGAUGGUGGACACGGUGGUCAUGGCGGCUACCAGGGCUAUGGCGGUGGCGGCUACAACUCUGGACACGGAGGUCACGGCGGCCAUGGUGGUCACGGCGCCGGACAGUCGGCCAGCCCAGCUCCUGGCGGCUCUAACAGCCCUGCCGCUGGAGCCGACUACGCUGCUCAGUAUGCCCAAUACUACGGUGGACAGGACCCCUAUGCUGCUUAUGGUGGCUACGCUGCGUACGUCCAGAUGUACCAGCAGUACUACGCCGCUGCGCAACAGCAAGCGCAAGGCUCACCCGCGCCUCCUGGAGCCUCGCCGCCUCCGCCCCCGAGCGAGGCUGCUCCUCCCCCACCCCCUCCGCCAAGCUCUGCUCCUCCGCCCCCUCCUUCAGGUUCUCCCCCGGGAACUGGAGGGUAUGGUGCUUUGACCCCCUCCGACCUGGUCAACAUGAGUCACCAACGAUACCCGUCCCACGAUCCCCUGAAGGAGCCUCACUCCGUCUCCCUCAAAGUCCUCAGGCUCUCCCGCCCGUCACUCGUAAUCCAGCACCCGAUCCGCCCGCCUCUCACGCCCUCCCACGUCCCCGCGGACCCGGCCCCGGCCUCGCUCGCCUACGACACCACCGCCGCGACGAACCCCGCCCCCUUCCUCCUCUCCCCGAUCCUCAACCUGCCCCUGAGCUUCGGCUCCGCCUACGUCGGCGAGGUCUUCAGCUGCACCCUCUGCGCGAACCACGACACGCUCGAGCCGCCGCCGGGCACGAAGCGCAAGGUCAUCCGCGAUGUGCGCAUCGAGGCCGAGAUGAAGACGCCCGGGCAGGGCGGCGCGGUGCAGAAGCUGGAGCUCACGCCCGCAGACCCGGCCGCCGAUGCUGCGGAGGGCAAGGGCACCGACCUCGAGCCCGGGGAGACGCUCCAGCGCAUCGUCAACUUCGACCUGAAGGAGGAGGGCAACCACGUCCUCGCGGUGACGGUGAGCUACUACGAGGCCACGGAGACGUCGGGCAAGACGCGCACGUUCCGGAAGCUGUACCAGUUCAUCUGCAAAUCUUCCCUCAUCGUGCGCACAAAGAUCGGCCCGCUGGCGUCAGGGAAGGAGGGCGGUGCUCGGAAGUGGGUUCUCGAGGCGCAGCUGGAGAACUGCUCCGAGGACGUCAUCCAGCUGGAAAAGGUGCUGAUCGACCUGGAGGAGGGGCUGGGGUACACGGACUGCAACUGGGAAGAGGGCGGCGGCGUGGCACGGCUGGUGCUGCACCCCGGGGAGGUGGAGCAGGUGUGCUUCGUGGUCACCGAGGCGGACGGGGCCCACGCCGAGCCCGGAGAAGACGGCAGGAUCAUGUUCGGAGUGCUGGGUAUCGGGUGGAGAGGGGAAAUGGGAAACAGAGGCUUCCUCUCGACGGGCAAGCUGGGCACGCGGCACGUAGCGUGA